AGUUUUAUGUUAGAAAAUGAAUUGUGAUGAUGAGUGGCAGAGAGACAAAACUCACUCUAUAAAUACUCGCAUUGAGCCAAGGAUGAAUAGGACAGAGAGAUAUAAAUAAGUAAAACUAAAAGAUGUUCAUUAUUACCAAAGCAUUCUCAUUAGUUCAAUGACGGAAAGAAUAAUUAUUUUAUUUCUAUUGUCACUAAUUGUGACGAAUUAUGAGGCUGAUUCAGUGAUAGUGACAGAAGUAAGGGCUGGAAAUUUAGCGGAAUUACCAUGCCCGAGCAAUGACGAUCGUCAUCGCUUUAUGUUUUGGCAAUUGGCUGACGAAAAUAUUAUCGUCGGUCCCGGAAAUCCGAUCGAUCAAGAAAAAUACAAUUACGAAGUGCUCACUGGCAAACUUUUUAUAAGGCAAGUUUCUACCUCCGAGUCAGGUUUUUAUAAAUGCGUUUCCCGAGGACUGAAAAACGCCGCGGCGAUUAAUAUCCAAUUGGUGGAAUUAAUUGUCAGCAAAGAUCAAAUUAUCGAAAGUAAUUUUGAGACACAUCUACUGAAAACAUUAACAAUAGUGAUGUUAAUACUUGUGGCAAUAGCCGGCGUUCUUCUUAUAAUAGUUUACAAAAAAAAGAAAGCCAACCGUUUCUUUGAAAUGGACGAGUCUCGUGAAAAUUCACCGGGAAAAUAUAAUGAAAAAUUUCCAAGUAGAACAGCAGCAUCGACAGCGUCAGCAGCAGCAACAACAACAAGAACAACAUUAGCAACACCAACAACAGCAACAUCGUCGGGAAAAAUUGGUGUCGAUAAUGGGGGUCUGGAUGUUGAUUUUCCAAAAUCGUUUAUUCACAUGGAAAAAGAUGAACCACUUUUCUAAGAGUCGAGAGAGGGGAAAACAAUUCUUAAGAAAAAAAAAACUAAAAAAAAUGGGAAUAAAAUUUUGUUUGUAAAUUUUUUUCCUAUUUUUUUCUACUGACCCCCCUCCCCCCUUUCCCUCUCUUUCGACAAAUUAGUUUAAGAAAGCUUAAUAAGGCUGUGUAGUUAAAGUUGUUAAUUAUUGAUAUAAACAUAUAUUAUAAAGUAAAUUGUAAAUAACUUUCGUAUUUUGAAAAUUUCAAUCAAUAAAACACAUUUUAAUUAUAAAAUUA